AAGUCCUGCCAGCAGCAGUAGUAUUCUCUGAUGAUCCUUUGAUAAAUAAAACUUAUGUCUUGAGGUUCAACCCAUCAAAGACUAUUCCAUCACCUUCCCAGUUAUGGACUAGUGGGGAAAAUUGUCGUAAUCUGCAAACAGAUGACUUACAGAUGAUUGGAUGCCCUCCAAAUGGUUACUACUUCUCAGGAUUUUCUGCACUUCAGACUCUUAUAGACACUACUAUUAUUAGGAUGAAGACUAAUACAACGAUAGGAAUUCCAAAUGUGAUUUUGGAAAAUUUCCCCAAGGAGAGUUAUGAAUCAAAUGGAGGAUUUGUUCUGCGUAACAUUGUUCCACUUUACAUGGUGUUUGCUUGGGCCCAGUUCAUCGUUUAUUUGAUGAAUCUAGUAGUGGAAGAGAAGGAGAAAAAAAUUAAAGAAAGUAUGAAAAUGAUGGGUCUCAGAGAUUCUGUUUACUGGUUGUCUUGGUUUGCUGUGUAUGCUGCUUAUGUAGUAGCACUGGCAGUAAUCUGCAUUAUAGUCCUGCCUCUUGCCAAAGUCUUUCUUAAUGCAAACCUCUUCCUUCUGUUCAUCCUCUUUAUUCUCUAUGGUUGCUCCUCCAUUGUGUUUGCUCUCAUGAUGACUCCAUUCUUCAAUAAAGCAAAGGUUGCAGGAGUUGUGGGCAACCUGAUACAAGUGGCUCUCAGCAUGUUGUUUUACCUCCAGGUGUAUUUGGAAGAUGAUGUUAACCAAGGAGUUUUUUGGCUGCUUGCAAUCUUUUCUCCUUGUGCUUUUUCUUUUGCAAUAGAUAAGGUGAUCCUGUAUGACUACCAAUACCCUGGUGGCUUGGACUUUGGGAACAUCUGGGAGGGACCAGGACUUCCAUUUGCUGGAAGUCUUAUUAUGAUAUCUGUUGACAUUCUCCUAUAUCUCUCUCUGGCAUAUUAUUUAGAUAAUGUCAUUCCAAGUGAAUAUGGAACAAAGAGGAAACCUUGGUUUUUAUUUCAAAAAUCAUUCUGGGUAGAAAGCAACAAAGAUUUUCAGGUAGGAAGAUCUGCUGUUUUAUUAUAAUGACUAAAUUUUAAC